AUGGACUCUACUGCAUUGGGUCAUGCCGAGGCCUCAGGACGUUAUCGUCGUAGUGUUGAUGCCGUCGAGACACCUUCCGUCACACCCCCCAUCGACGAAGAACCACCCACCGUGACUAGAGCUUACUUUACACGCUCUUGCUUACGACAGGUCCUCAUUCGAUGUUCCUCUUUGUCCGCUUCCUCCUCCGCCUCCUCGGUCGUGGGAUCUGAAAAGAAAGACGCGGAUAGCCUUGAAAAAGCCGAAAGAAUCGGCAACUGUGCUGCAAUCACAGCCUAUGAUAUUAAGAUUGCUUGUGCCAGAGUGAUCUGCCAUCUCAACAAGAUGGCGCCCUCGGCCACAGUGCGAGUCCACGUCUCAGGCUGGCUGAUGGCAUCGACCUUCUUCAAGCACCACCUGCCGGAUGUGAAAUUUAUCACCCGACUGAGCCUGCUUAAUUGGGGUGAUCUCCCGCCUGCUGUGAGCGCCUACAUAAAUAUCUCCGGCUCUCCGACGCUACAACCUGCCUCCGGCGAUGCCGCCGCGGUUCUUCUCGACUUCCCCUCACGGACGCCG